CGAAAAGCACAAAGCUCUCCUUUUCAGCCCUUGAUGCACUUUCAUUACAUUGUUGUCCUCGUGGCAACGCUGUGCUGUCUAUGUGAAGCUCACAGCAUCAAUAAUAAGCGAUUGCUAGUACUGGAAUCGCUCCAGCCAAAAUCCCUUCAGAUUGUGCCAAGGGAUUUUUAUAAACGAGACACAACUCCCAAUCCACAUCGUAGCGCUAAAAUUCAUGAAUUACGACAUGACGACUCUAUACGACUCCAAUUUUCUGCGUUUGGCACUACUUUCAAUCUGCAUAUGAUACCCAACUUGGAUUUAUUCCAUCCCAAUGCCGUUUUCCACUUGGAAAGUUCAGGUUCACAAAGUUUGAAGCACGAAGAUUACAGAAUUUACCGUGGUGUAGUCGUUGAUACCGCAUAUUCGGAUGCUAGAUGGACCGAAGAACAGACCGGAGUAUGGCGGGAUCGGUACUCGCUUGAUACGGACAACAGCUUAGGCGUGCUUGGAUGGGCACGAAUCGUCGUCCGACAUGACCUUGGACAUCUGAGCUCCGAUCCCAUCUUUGAAGGCUCUUUCUCAGUCAAUGGCGACAUCCAUCAUGUUAAACUGUCAUCUACGUACAAAAUGACCAAACGCUCAGAUGAUGUAGAUUUUAUUGAACCAAAUGGAACCGACGAUCUAUCUAGAAUGGUCAUUUAUCGUGACUCAGACACAGAAGAUGUGGAUGACUUGAAUGAACCCUCCGGUUCAUCUCAACUGGAGUGCGGAAUGGAUACCUUAUUAUUCAACCAGCGUAAAAGUAGCUUUUCCAACCAUUUUAGGCGAUCUCUGACACCACGAGACCACAAUCAGCUCUCUGGAUGGAACGAUUUUGCAGGAGUUUCCAAAUUUUCUUCGAGUGGAUACCUUGAUAAUUUUCCGGGCAUUGGAUUAGAUCUGACUGGUGACAUGUCACACUCAAAGCAUUCCAAUCCCUUUGUGAAAAGAGCUACCGGCUGUCCUACACAACGGAAAAUCAACUACAUGGGUGCUGCUGCGGAUUGUACGUAUGCUUCCUACUACAAGUCAACAUCUGCCGUCCGAACACAGAUCAUCAGUGAUUGGAAUCAAGCGUCGGCUGUCUAUGAGCGUAGUUUCAACGUCUCACUUGGCUUGAUCAAUAUCACUGUCAUGGAUACGGCAUGUCCCACAACGCCUGCCAAAAAUACAGCCUGGAACACAGCGUGUUCUAGUACAUAUACCAUCAGUGAUCGUUUGAGUGAUUUUUCAGAGUGGCGAGGCUCUCUUGGUAACGACGGUGCCGGAUUAUGGCAUUUAAUGACCCAGUGCAACACUGGUACGCAGGUGGGUAUUGCUUGGCUCCAGCAACUUUGCCAGUAUAAAGCGACUCAGCAAGCCCAGAGCGGUACAACGCAAUAUGUUUCUGGAACUGGUGUUUCCUCCAUCAUUCGCGACGAAUGGAAAGUCGUAGCACAUGAAAUUGGACAUGGUUUUGGCGCCAUUCAUGAUUGUACAUCGAGUACUUGUCCGUGUUCCGGUAGUAGCUGUGCCUGUUGUCCUCUCAGCUCGACCCAAUGCGACGCUGGUGGCACGUACAUUAUGAACCCUACUUCCAAUGUAUCGACAAAUGACUUCAGUCCAUGCUCCAUCACAACCAUCUGUACCAACUUCCCCGAGCUAGGCUCAUGUCUUCAAGAACCUGGAAGCAGAAAUGUGGAAACGACAAAUAUGUGCGGAAAUGGCAUUGUCGAGACAGGAGAACAAUGUGAUACGGCUGGCAAUGAUACCGCCUGCUGUGACGCCGCUACCUGUAAAUACAAAGCUGGUGCUGUUUGCGAUGACUACAACGACAUGUGCUGUAAUCAGUGCCAGCUUCGUCCAUCGACAUAUCAGUGCAGACCAUCGGUGUCUAACUGUGAUAUAGCAGAGUAUUGUACUGGAAACUCAUCAAGCUGUCCAACAGAUGCUCAUGUAUCAGACGGCUCAUCUUGCGGUACCAACUUACAGUGUGCGUCCGGUCAAUGUACUUCAAGAGAUUUGCAGUGUCAACAGCGUGGAGGCACCACCAUGAAUGUAUCCGGAGCAUGCUCACUUGAUAGCGGCGACUGCCAGUUAUCGUGCGCAAGUCCUUCUGGCGGCUUGGGCUCUUGUCUACUUUUUACUGGCAAUUUUAUAGACGGUACUCCAUGUGGGGUUGGAGGUGCUUGUUCGAACGGUACAUGCUCCACUGCGAACUUCGGAUCCAACGCAUUAAAUUGGAUACAAACACAUCUUAGCAUUUUCAUCCCAGUUGUAUGUGUAGUAGGUAUACUACUUCUUUGCUGCCUUUUAUCAUGCUGCAGACGUCGACGCAUACAAGGCCGUUCCGCUGCCUACAUCGUAACUACGCCGCAACCGAUGUAUGUCCCACCGCCUCCUCCACCAGGCGUCCCUUAUGGCCAGUACGCAUCACCGUCGCCUCCUCCUCCUCCUCCAGCACAUCAUCAGUACAAUAAUUGGGUAGAUCCAUCUGCAUACAAUGGCCCCGCACCAGCGCCUUCACCUUCUCCUGUUGGAGGCCAAAGAUCGUCUCCUGCUCCAGACGGCUACGAGAUGACUCCCCCAGAACGAUGGAGAACACCGUCUCCUGCCCAUUUUGGCAGCAUGCGAACUCCCACACCCUACUCCAGAAUGGACUGAAAGGACUUUGUAAUGAAACCUCUUCAUCCUAUCCAAUCGUGUACCAUCAUACGUAGAUAUCAAAUUUUGUAUAUAAGAAAAGAAUGUAUUGGGAGGAACAUAUUCUGAAUCUGUACAUUGAGAUAACAUAGGAUACAUCUGUCGCUACAUCAAUUUUUCCAAUGCCAUUGUUAAAUUACGCAUAUCAUCACGAAUGUUUUGAGCAUACUUGACGACCUUCUCCU